AUGACCCUUCCCUACAGCAAAGUUCUUCUCGUCGGAGCCACUUCUGGCAUUGGUGCUGCUCUUGCAGACAAACUCGUUGAGAACGGCAUCUUCGUUAUUGCUGCGGGAAGACGAAAGGAGAACCUCGACAAGUUCGUCGCCAAACACGGUACCCACAAGGCUGCAGGAGUACCUCUUGACAUUCUCAAGCUUGAUUCGAUCCCGCAGUUCGCAGAGUCGAUCAUCAAGGAACACCCUGAUCUGGAUUGCGUCUUCCUCAACGCUGGAGUCCAACGAGGCAUCGACUUCACGGCCCCUGAGUCGGUGGACCUUGACAUCGUAUACGAUGAGCUCUUGGCAAACUACCUCUCUCACGUUCACCUCACCAAAGCCUUCCUGCCGCACCUCCAAAAGCAGAAUAAGCAAACGGCUUUGCUAUACACCACCUCUCAGCUCGGUCUCAUCCCGAUGAAGCGCUGCCCCAACUACAGCGGCUCGAAGGCUGCCAUGCACGGCUUCAUUCUCGCACUCAGAGCCCAGCUGAAGUCCAGCGCAAGCAAAGUCAAGAUUGUCGAGGUGUACCCUCCAGCAGUCCAGACAGAGCUACACGAUGCUAAGAACCAACCGGACUUGAAGAAUGGGCAUGAGAUCGGCAUGCCUGUAAAUGAAUUUGUGGAUGAGGUUUACGAGAGAUGGGUUGGCGGAGAGGAGCAGAUUCCUGUUGGAACCGCGAAGCCAAUGUUUGACGCUUUUGAGACGAAGCGUCAGGAGUACUUUGGCACCUUCAACGCCCAGAUGGACGAGGUCUUGGUUGAUUUCACGGCAUGA